UUUUAAAUAAUUAAAUUCUAGAAAGCGGACAUGUCGAAAUAUCUUCUGAUAACUUGCAUUAUUUUUGCACUGUUCUUUAAGGUCUACUGUAACGACAAUAAACUAUUCUCUGAAAAUAGAAUUGCCGAUAUACUACUCAAAAACAGCUCCUUGAUAUCGGCUAGUCCUGAACGUAGUAUGGAAUGUUUUUCAAUUUAUAUACCCAAAUUAAAUGAGUUAACCAAGAAUUACGAAGCUGAUUAUGAAAUUUGUUUACAACAUUCCGCUGAAGAUCGUGCUAUAAUUGAUUUAGAGGUUCAACGAGAUCGCAGAGACCUGGAAAGAUCUGCGGAACAAGUUUGUGGUAAAUUUCAAACUUGUUCUAAAAAUAACAAAUCUGCUUAUGAGUUUUUCGAAUGUUUUGGCAAUGUGGCUGGUGAAUCAACUAAAGCUGCUUACAAUAUACAAAAUAUCGCUAAAGAUAAAAUGGAUUACAUAAAAAUAAAAUACGAAAUCAUUGAGUAUAAUCAAAAUCGCUGCACUGAUGAGUGUUCUCGCGUUUAUGUUGAAGAAUCUUCUAAAAUCUAUGAGGAGUUAGAAAAAUGUUUAGCAGGUCUUACGGUAUAGAAUAUUUCUUUUGUAAAUUCAUAAGGAUUUGUUUAUAAGUAUGUAUCUUAUUUAGUAAUUAGUGUUAAGAAAAUCGUUACUACUCAAAUAAAUGUAAAAAUAUUGCAAAUA